AUGGCGCGCAUCUACAUCACACAGAUCCACGAGGGCUGGCUCGUCCCCACGAUUUGCACCGUCUACGGCGCUUUGGCCAUCUUCACUGCCUUCAUGAUCGCCAUGAACAUCUCAAUCUGGCGCGAAAAGGUUCUACGCAAGCUGCCAGCCACGGUCCAAGACCAUACUAUCCUCCGGGGCACAGUCACAGCUCUCUUUGUCCUCGUGCCAUCACUCCUAUGGCCAGUCAUACUGGCAAUCACCAUCUCCACCACCGCCAUCAUCUGGCUUGCCUCUGAGAUCGAAGAGUGCCGUGUGAGCCAACUCAAGCGUCGACAGACGGAGCAAAGGGCAGAUCUGGAGCGAGCCAUUUUCAACUCCCGUCACGGGGAACAUCGGCCGAACACGAACGAACAGGGCGGCCAGGCGGUCGAGAUGUCGAUGCCCAGCCCGGCCAUGGUCCAUGUCACCGAGCCUCCGCCAGUCUACACGCCAUACGCGCCCGCACACACCGUCCACCAAGGCCAGUGGCGGCGGACGCCGGACUGGUGUGCAGAGCAGCACUGUUUUCUGCUGAAUAAUGCCAGGACGCCUGACGAGUUGCUGGGAUCAUCAAGUAGAGUCAACAUGAUACCUUCUCGAUGA